ACAUUUAGAGGUGAGAACAGGAAAUGUUGGGAGGCGUCACUCUGACGUCAUCCUGUCCUCGUGCCUCUGCUGCCAGCUGUCUCCUCGCGCACAAUCGAUCCAGCCAUCAAUCAGUCGCUCCAGCAGUCGAUCGAUCAGCAGAGAGAAAGAAGGUUGAUCAGGAAGUCUUUUUCUCUCAGAUUCUCCGUCCAUCCGUCCAGAUGAGCAGCGAGCAGCCUCCUCCGUAUGUCCCUCAUCCCUACGGCGGCCCCUCGGCGCCGAAUUUCCCUCCAGCUUUCAGCUCUCCGCCCGGAACCUUCCCUGGCUCGCCAUACCAGACCUACCCGGCUCAGACCUACUCAGGAGGAGGAGAACACGCCUACUAUCAGGGGCCACCGGGGCCCCACGGGCCCUGCAUGAGCCAGCCUGGACACCAGAGCUACCAGAGCGGCCCCUACGGCCCCCACGGAGCCCACGGAGCCCACGGAGCCCACGGGCCCUCCGGACACUGGGACGGCCACAGUCCGUGUGGAGAGCCCCCCAAACAAACAGUGUAUCUGGUGGAGCGAGAUCGUGGCGACGGCGACGACGGCGACUGCAUGUCAGCGUGUGCGACGGCUUUGUGCUGCUGCUGCCUCUGGGACAUGUUGACCCACGACCUCUGUUGACCUCUGUUGACCUCUGACCCUCACCACCAUCCCGCAGCGUGUUUGAACUAUAACGGCUUCAUGUAAACGUGUUUUUAUGUUUCCUCACUGUUCAGAUGACGAAGAGUUGUUUCAUCUUCAUCGUCUCUGGUUGGUUUGUUUUUGUGGCUUUAAAGAAUAAAAGUAUAAACAGAUAUGAA